GUUUGGCCCUGUUGCGACCGCGGACAGACAGAAGCAAGUGGACCGGUUUGAAGCUAAGCUAAUUCAGUCAAAUUACAUUAAGUUAAUUUAGCUUUUUUCACUGAUUUCAUUUACAGCAAACGCGCUUAUCUGUUUUCGAAAAAUCAAAGCUAUCUGUAAAUAGUUGAACCGAUAGGCUAACGAGAAGAAUUGGGCGUUUAUCUUAAUAAACCGCUUCUGUCCUGCUAGCUUAAUUGGCAGCGGGUAGGCGCCACUUCUGUUUGACAACAGCGCUAUUCCGUCACGUUCCCGGUGUUGUUUGUAGCGGCUCGGCGAACUAGCUUCCGUUAGUCACGAAGGAAAUCGCUCAGAGAUUUUUUAACAAUAAAAAUAAAGUUAGAAUGGCAGAAUUCCUCGAAGAUCCGUCAGUUCUCACGAAAGACAAGCUGAAAAACGAGCUUACGGCAAACAAUGUGCCCCUUCCGAGCGGAGAGCAUAAAAAAGAAGUGUAUGUGCAGCUGUAUCUGAAGAACCUGACCGUACUGAACAACAAGAAGACCCCACCUGCAGACACCUUCUCCAGCGAUGAAGAGUUACCUGCCCCGGUGGUGUCAAACAAAAGUCGCUCCGGAAGGAAAGCUACCAGAAAGACAGACAAGCCUCGCGCGGAGGAAGUGGAGGUGACAGAUCUGACUGAUGAAGACUUAAAACAGCAGCUGGCAAAGCAUGGUGUGGACGUAGGACCCAUUGUUGCCUCUACCCGUAAGGUGUAUGAGAAGAGGCUGCAGAAGCUUUUGGACCAGCCUCCAGCUGAACCCAAAGCUCCUACUGUCACAACUCUCCCCAAGGCAGACAGUAAUCAGAACGGCAACACAAACUCCGACCAGUACAGCGACAAAGAAGACGAGGAGGUCCCUGCCCCUGAACCAGAGCCAGUUCCUGUGGUAGAGAAGUCUGUGAGGAGCAGAGGAAAAGCUCCUGUCACUGUCAGAACCAGCAGCAAACGGCAGACAAAGGUGGUGGAGGAAAUUCCUGAAGAGACCCCUAAAAAGGCCACUGAGAGUGUGGUUGAAGAUAUCCUUGCCAAUGAAAUAAGCACACCAACCGGCAUCAGUGCGACCUGCAGGCGUCCAAUCAGAGGGGCAGCUGGUCGGCCUUUAAAACCAAGUGAGUACUGGCUGGAUGAGUCCCGCGUGAAGACCGAUGUCCACACCGAAUACAACUUGUAUUCUGAGUCUCUGUCCCGGCCGAGCUUCACGGUCUCCCCAAACGCAGCGCCGGUUCGACGAAGCUUCCUGCCCCUGCUGCUCAAGCUCCUGCUCCUUGUGGUGGUGUGCGCUUCUCUGUUCUUUGUCUACCAGAACCUGGACGCCGAUCAGAUCAAUACCCUCAAAGGCCUCUCUGACAGCGUCGUCGUCCCGGUCCAAAGCGCCGUGGACAAAGUCGCCACCUACCUGGGCAUCAGCGGCAGCGGUGUCACAGAGGGCAUCCCCAAGUAAAGACCAUCAGCAGCCCCUCGCCAUAUCCACAGCACCUCCCUGCCGCCCACCACAGCACACCACAACUCAAGCAGUAAACCUUGCUCACCUCUUUUCCUCCAUGUGUGGACAGAUUUAAUUGGAACGAUUAAAAAUUGUCCUCUCUGGACUCUGACUUUCCUCCUGCCACAAGAGGGAGGUAUAUUCAAACAGUAGCUUCUGGAUAACACUGUUUGUGGCAGUCAGAAGAGACUAAUUUUAAUGUUGAUUUUAAUCUGUGAAUUGUUUGUGUCUUUGUGUGUAUUAUAACCCUCAUAUGUAGAAAUGAGUGCAGAACGGAGAGGCCAUUUUUAUCCGUGCAUGGUUGUAGUUUUUAAAGGUCAUACUGUAGUUUGUUUUUUUUCCGACGCCGUGUGCCAGGUGUUUUCUGACGGUGAAGUGCCUGGACACUAUUAGCACUUAGUGCCCUCCCGUACAUCUACAUAUAUAUAAUUUUCUUUUUUCUUUUUAUCCCCAAGCACAGAGCAGCGCUUAUACUAACACCAGAAUGUCUACACCCGUGUUUC